AUGAUUAAUAAUAUACAACCCUUAUUUGGUAUGUAUAAAGAACUUUGGAUUGAAAAUGCUACUUAAUUAAAAGAUGCUUUAGAUAAAUGGGAUCAACAUCAAUUAAAAUCUUGGCUUCAAAAAAUGGAAAGUCUUAUUUUUUCAUUUAUUUAUAGGAGCCAUAUUUACAUUCCAAUAUGAUUAAUGUAUUGGACUCUUAGAUGAAUUCUAACCCAAUUAUAUUUAGAAUCUGCCUUCAGACAUGGCCAUAUAAUGUAAUAAACUCAGGACUAUGUUUUACAAUAACUCUACACAAUAUUUAAUUGUUAAUACCUAUCUUGUAUUAUUACGUUCCUUAAAAAAAUCUCUCGAACCAAUUUUUCAUUCUAAUAAUUUGCUUAAUUCUAUUAGAAACCUAGAAUUAUAUCUAUCCUCACCCUUGAAUUAAAAUACUAUCAAGCCAUAAGAAUGUAAUUGCACUUAAUUUUGA